ACUCGGUAUGUUGUAGGUGACGUACAUGCUGGUCGCGAAAUGUUUUAGCAUGGAUUGCAGAGAUUCAGACUUAACCAAAUAUACUUUAUUUGUAUGCUACAGUUUAUGUAUGUUUUAGUAAUCGCGUAAUAUAUAUUUUACUGUACACGUUGAUCAAUAGAGUAUGAGGUGUGAAAAUCUGUUAGUUUAUCUAGCUAGCUAAUCUUACAUGAAAUAGCUAGCUAGCUAACAUAAACUGAUCAGCAACUUUAGCUACAAACUCCUAUUCACAGUGUAAAUGAUGGGGGAGGAGACCCAGUCCCUUCACCUGGAUGAGGGACUGUCUGUAAAGGAAGAGGAGUUAGGACAGGCAGAGGGAAUGAUGAACCAAGUGGAGGAUGAACAACCAGAGGAGGUUGAAGAGGAAGAUGAGGAGGAUGAAGAAACAUUGCCACACUCUGAAUUCCUGGACAUCUUUGAAGAAGGACUGGCUCGCCUUGUACAGGACCCUCUACUCUGUGACCGUCCCAUUCAGGUGACUCUGGAGGAGGUGAAUUCCCAGGUUGCCCUGGAGUAUGGCCAAGCCAUGACUGUCCGUGUUUGCAAAGCGGAUGGCGAAGUAAUGCCCAUAGUGGUGGUGCAGAAUGCUAUGGUGCUGGAUUUGAAGAAAGCCAUCCAGAGGUUCAUGGAGCUGAAACAGCAACGGGAGGGUGGGGUGAAGCAUGUCAGCUGGAGAUACGUAUGGAGAACCUUUCAUCUCAUAUUUCAAGGAGAGAAGCUUGAUGAUGACAAAAUCAAACUAAAGGAUUAUGGGAUCAGAAACAGAGAUGAGGUGACGUUCAUGAAGAGACUGAGGAAGAAGUGAAACGGAGAUCUCACUACCGUGUGGAGUCCUGCCUACUCUGUGAGUUGCCUGCACAGUCCCCGUUGCUUCAGACCUCUAUGUUUCAACCUGGAGAUGUACAGCAACUAUAUUCAUACACUGACAUGAUUCAGUUGAUGUCUAAAAGGUUUUUCAAUUGACAUCUCAAACUUUUUUACAUGUUGUAGAUAUGAUUGUGUGGAAUGUUUUGUACGGGCUCAAUUUUUUAUUGUUUGGACAUAUUCUCUUGUCAUUUUGUACAGUAAAAUUGUGCCACUUCAAAUAUGAAUAAAGGCUACAAUGCAACCAAACACCCCUGAAAUAUCACCUAAUUACAGUGAAAAUGUAUUAGAAUUUUAUCUGCCGUUAAAUCAUUUAACCAGACCUGGGUGUGCCGGCUGGUCUAACAGUGAGAGUACAACCACAAUAUGUAAAUAUCUCCUGUAGGUAGUCCUUGUUGAAAACAAGCAAAAUAUUUCCCUAUUUCCUGGAGUACAUAGAGGAGCAUCACAUUUCCCACAGCACAAUCUGGG